AUGCCUAGUUACUUCAAACUCUGCAGCGGCAUCUUUGGUCUUGGCGGUACUACAAGCAUGUUCAACUAUAUGCUGUAUCCGGAGAAUUAUCGCGACAUUGGCGCUAGUUUUGUUAGUCACUAUUACAAUGUUAUGCAAGUCGACCGGGCUCAGCUCAACUUGUUCUAUCACGAUCAGGCAAGAAUGACCUAUGAAGGUCAGGAGAUCAUUGGCAAAGAGAAAAUUGGUGAAAAAUUCCGAUCACUCCCUGCCAAUACCAUUCGGAUUGCUACUACGAGUGUGGAUGUUCAUCCAAGUGAAAAUUCAGUCCUAAUCCUUGUUUGUGGGCAACUAAAAUGCGAUGAAGACCCAGUUCUACCAUUUUGUGAAAUGUUCUUCCUUCGCAAAUUCAACGACUGUUUUCUUGUCAGUGAUUCAGUGUUCCGUCUAAGCCUUCAUAACUUUUGA